AUGGGUUCUCCCGAGGAUGCAAAUAAAGUACAUCCGGCAAUAUUCGAUAUCAGUUUCCAACAAUCUUUGAGUUUGUACUCGCGACUUGGAUGGGAGAGUGUCUUUGAAGGUCACAUCAACGACGAUGAUCGUGGUGAACGCCAAGCUGCACGUGCAGGACGAGUAGGGCCGGCGCAAGCCUCUCACAGCCAGGCUCGACCGACGUGCUCCGACGCCCUCAACUCGCUGCCACCGGAGUACACCAGCUUCUCACGACUGGAAAACGAGCCUUGGCCGGUUUGCACCCCUCUGGCCUCCCUUCACCGUACUCAGGCCCUCAUCCACCCGUGGGCCGCCAACUUCUCCGACCAUCAUACGCUUCUCAGCCACUACGCAAUCUUCGAAUAUGGCGGCGGCAGCAUGGCCGUAGCCCCUUCUUCAGUGCAGCAAAAUCAUGUCCACCCCCAAUAUGAAAGUCCCGACGCCAACUUCCUGUCUGCCCCCCAAGAGCGCAUUCCCGACAUGGAAGCCGCGACCAGCGAUGCGUCGGCCAUGGCCGCAAACAUGGCCGACGACACCAACACGCCUGCCCAUCACGACGUGAUGGACCAAUCGCUCACAACCGCCAUGCCGUCGCUCGAUUCCGCAAUCAACUUUGCGCAGCCGGCCCAGCUCAACAGCGCCGACAUGAGCAGCAUGCCCAUGGACAUGGACAUGACGGCGCUUCAGCCCAUGGAGCAGUUCCUGCCUCCCACCACCAAUGAGCGCCUCACUGCCUUUGCGCGUCUGCGCUUCGAUGACGGCUCCUAUUACAUGCACACGUAUCAAAUCACCCUCGGUCGCAACCUUUAUCUAGCCCACCGGGACAUGAAGCGCCUUGCCAAAGCUGAUGCCCUCAACGCCAUGGGCCAGCCCGAGGCGGCAGAAGAAUAUCUCAAAGGCAGAGAAGACAAAAAGGACAAGAAGAAAAGGCGCGAUCGGCGCCCAGCCCGCAGCGUCAUUUCUGAAAAGGGUGGCAUCGUCAGCGCGCCCAUUGAGCACAUGCCCAUCGAGUACCAGCAGCGCCGCCAAAGCAAUGCCUCGCAUUCCCUCGGCUCCAAUUCUCACCCCACUGGCGAGACUGGUGAAGAGAAGCCCGCUGAACGAGCGCCUCAAAACAUCAUCAUGCAGGCCUUCCCCGAAGUGCCUUCGCAAUUUGAUGGGCAUGUCCCCGAAGAUCCCAAUGACUGUCCACUUGUGCCUAUACACCCGCAACACGUCAACAGCUCGACGGGCCGUCUAGGUCCCAAGGGUAUUUCGCGAGAGCAUGCGCGAAUCUUCUUCGACUUUGACGCUGGCCACUUUUGCAUCAAGGUGCUGGGUAACAAUGGUCUGUUUCAUGAGGGUGACUUUUAUCCGCGCGGCGCGACCAUACCCCUGGAUCACGGCGACCACCUUAGGAUAGGUGCUGUCGACAUUCACUUCUAUUUACCCGAUGUCGCCCUCACCGAGGAGCAGCGACGGCGCCAAGACUCGGGUUCACGUCCCAUGAGCUUCUCCUUUGAGAACGGGAAUGGCCAACUAGAGAGUGACGAGCACAUUAGUUCCGAAAGCGAGGACCAACGAACCCUCAACCCUAAGCACAUGUACUACCAAACCCCUGCCAUCGCUAGCGACGAUGACGAAGCGUUUGCCGAUGAGGACAUGGACGAGUAUGAGGAACCUGCGCCGAAACCGCGACAAAAGACAAGUCUCAAGCUCAAGAUUAAAAAUCUGCCACCAGUCGCUCCUGCAAAGGAGAGCAAGAAGGCGCACAAGCGGAAGCAUCACCACCGAGAACUCACUCCCGAGGAGCCUGCCCCUAAGAAGGUUAAACUCAAAGUCAAGGAAGCAGCCAAGAGCAAAGAAGCGGCUGCCCGUGUGUCUACGAAAGAGCCAAAAGCACACAAGGAGCGGAAGGAGCCCAAGGAAGCAAAGGAGCCUAAGGACAAGGACGCAGUUCCAUCCAAAGAGCCAAAGGAACCAAAGGAACCAAAAGAGCCAAAAGACAAGGGCAAAGCGCCUGCCAAGACACCCGCGAAGAUACCUGUCAAGGCCGAGACGCCGGUGGAGGAAUCCGUAAAGGACGUAUCCACGACUGCAAAGCCCGAGCAGCCGAGCAGACCCCCACCCAACGACAGCCCACCUUUGCUGCGCAAACCGCACGAAGGCGAGCUUGAGGCUGGGGACAUUGAAGGUCUCAUUACGGAAGAAUUGGCAGAGAAGCAUAAUCUGCCCCGGAAUCUCAUUGGUCACGUCGUCGAGAAGAGAAAGGGGCCUGGUAGACCGCCAAAGGACGGCAUCAUGUCCAAACGACAGCGAUCUCAGCUCAUCAAGCAAGUCAGGGAUAUUGAAAGGGCCAAGGCGGCCGGUAUUGACCCUGCCGAUAUUCCCAUCCCAAGCAUCAAGCCCAAGACGCCCAAGAGGAAAGAGUCGAAUGCUGGCGAUGGCGAAGACGAGGGUGUCAUGGAAACUACAGAGCAAGGCGAUGGUACAAUGGCAGGCCUCCAGAAACAGGCCAAGCCCAUCAGACCCCCACGAACCCCCUCUCCCGAGAUGCACAUUAGUGAUUAUACCGAAGAGCAGCUGCAACGCCCCACAGCCAACUAUGUUGUUCUCAUUCACGAGGCGAUAUCUUCCUCUCCCACUGGUGCCAUGAACCUUCAAUCAAUCUACACCUAUAUCGAGCGGAAAUACCCUUGGUAUAAGUUCAAAACCACCACGAGCGGUUGGCAGUCCAGUGUAAGACACAACCUCGGUCAACACCAUGCUUUUAUCAAGGACAGCAAGGAGGGCAAGGGCUGGCUGUGGCGUAUCAACCCCGAGGUUUCGAUUGAGAAAGAGCGCAGAAAAAGGCAAGCUAGUCCUCCACUCAACCAUACUCCGCGACCACCUUAUUACCCGCCUCCAAAUGGAUAUCAACCUUAUCCUCAGCCCGGGUAUCCUUACCAUCCCGGUAUGGCGCAUGCGAUGCCACAGGCCCCUCCAAGACUCCCCCCAAGCCUCGCUCAGCCUCGCCUCCCACCCAGUAUGGCUCGCAGCGAAGGAAACGCAGCUUCUCCCGGCGCGCCGCAGAACGCACCCCAUCCAUCACCGUAUGCAUCUCCUUGGGGCGGGGGUGUUGCAAGUGGCAGUCCACCAACGCCUAAUCCUCCACGGCCUUAUCCGCAAACCAACUCGCAACACCCACCUGCUAGUUCCGCACCUGGAUCCAGUGGUCAAUAUGGUGUUUUGUUCCCCACAGCCGCUCCACAGCAGUCGCCGUAUAGCGGAUCCUCAGCUCCAAGUCCAUAUGGGGGACCAUAUGCUACUGCCGGCGCGAGUCCCUAUGGCCCACCCCGCGCCUAUCCACCACAAGCUCCUUCGGGCCAACAGCCGAAUGCGCCUUCCCAACCACAACCUUCAGCAUCACCUCACGGUCAGCCCCCUCAGCAGCAGACUUCUGUCGGUCAGCCACCACAUCCGUCCAAUGUGCAACAAUCUACUCAACCUCAAGCACCUUCACAACAGGCGCCGCCGCCGACUGCAAGUUCAUCAAAUGAUGCUACAACUCCACAUCCCUCUGGGCGGUAUCCCAUCGGCGUCCAUCCCGAUCUCACCCGACAGCUUGAGGCAUUCCGACCAAGCGCCGAAAGACGACACGUCUUCAGCAAAGGCACCAUCUUCGGCACUGGUACGAGACAGCGAACCGCACAAGUUUAUGCCGAAUAUGACUGGUCAAUCAUCAGCAGCACCGUCGAAUACAGCAUCAGCCCAUGGCAAUGCCCCUUCCCAUCGCCCAAGUGUUGA